AUAAAUUUUUAACGUUCUAACUAUGUAUAAUAAUUGAUAUUUUUUAAGUGUUUUCUAUACUUUGAACUCUUUUUUAACUUUUGAUCGAGUCAUCCUUAGGUUUAUAAUUGACAGAAAAUUUCUACCGAUCUUCGAGUGUCACAAUAUUUGAAAAACGGGAAAACUGCAUUCUCGGUUUCAAAGGUGAGCAUCCCGGAAUGUAAAAAUAUUUAACUACUUCAUUUGACUUUUGACACCGAGAACACGGUUUGCCCAUAUAGAUAAUAAGGUCGAGAACUUUCAUUCUAUAAUCUACAUUUGAAAAAAGAACUAUCGAACUUGUGCUAUGAAAUAAAGUGGACAAGUUCAAGGCUACGCUCUGUCCUAGCGUGUCGAUGACUCGGAUGCGUGUGUGACGGAGUCUCCCAGUAAAACCCGGACGGCUAAUGGAAAUUGGAAAGGCCAGACAGCCAUGGCUAGCUAGAGGCAAGCGACGCGACAGCCGGUUGAAUCGAUGCUUGCAAUUCUCCGUGACGCGUUACGGCGGUGAUGGUGUUUAAAAUAACCGAAUGAUUUCUCCGAAACUUCGUGGAUUGAGUCAGGUUUCUGCUCAGUUAGAAGUCGGGGAAUUCGAAUCUCCUUCAGCUUUGAUCGACUACUUAUAAGAAUGAGCAGUAUCCUUUUAGCGCGAAGUAAAAUUCGUCGGGUCCUGCAGCCACUCCAUCACCAUCGCCUCGAACAUAACCCAAUUCGGCCUCGGGCAACGUCAGCAAACGUGCUUAACGGGAUUCCACGCUUGGGUUUUUCACAUUGAUAAUCGUGGUUUGUCAUAGAGGAUAAAGGCCUCGUGCGCAACAAGCUGCAGUUGUCGAAAUUGAUACGUCCUAGUUUAAACUUUUUAUCUCCACGCUUCUUAUCUCCGCACCCGUCUGCAAUAGUACGAUAACGGCGAAAAAUGAUUUCAUCACCAUCAGUACGUAGCUCCGCGUAAAUACUUUGGACCUGACACACAGUUGCUAUACUCACCUUCCACUUGUCAUCCGUUCGCCCGAAUCGCAUAGCCAAAUCGUCGAGGAGUUUCAAACUAAUAAGGAUGGCUAGUACUCAAGAUGCCGAGGGUGGUAUCACCAUACCUCUACAGUACAACGAUGCUCACUGGAAGUCGAUAUUUGAAAAGUAUGACUUGGAUGGAGAUGGAAAAAUAUCUUAUCAUGAAUUGAGAGCAAUGAUUCGAGGGUCUGCUUACACGAACGACAUACCGACUCGUGUUGUCAAGAUGAUAAUGCACGAAGCAGAUUUAGACGAUUCCGGAUACUUAGAUUACCCAGAAUUUAUAGCUAUGAUUCAUAGAAAAGAUAUGCAAGGUGUCUUCGGACAUUAUGUGCAACGUUAUGUUCACUGUAUGGUGCCACAGCGCCGACUGGCAUCGCAGGUGUCACGAACAUCGCAAUAUUCAAGCGAUACAAUUGACGGGCUUUACGAGGAAGAAUAUAGUUGUAACCCACCAGCGAUUGCCAUGGUGAUCAUCUCCCUUUUGGAGAUUAUUUUAUUCCUUUAUGACGCAAUAGCGCACAAAGCACUCACAGUUGAAGGACCUGCGGCGCAACUAUUUAUUUACCAUCCAGAAAAACGGAAAGAGGUGUGGCGAUACGUAACUUAUAUGUUUGUCCAUGUCGGUAUUUUUCAUCUCGUCGUCAAUCUGCUGGUGCAAAUAUUGCUGGGAGUGCCAUUAGAGAUGGUGCACAGGUGGUGGAGAGUGCUCACCAUAUAUUUGGCUGGUGUCAUCGCCGGGUCGUUGGGAACUUCGGUAUCUGAUCCACACGUCUUGCUGGCGGGUGCAUCAGGCGGUGUUUAUGCCUUGAUGACUGCUCACGUCGCGACAAUAAUCAUGAACUGGUCCCAAAUGGAGUACGCAAUUCUUCAACUGCUGGUGUUUGUCGUGCUGGCUGUGGUUGAUGUUGGCCAAGCAGUUUACAACCGAUACAUAUUGGAUGUUGAGAAGCAAAUUGGGUAUGUCGCGCAUUUGGCUGGCGCUGUGGCAGGUUUGCUUGUCGGUAUCAAUAUUCUCCGUAAUCUUGAAGUUAAAACGUGGGAAAAGGUUGUGUGGUGGGCGAGCAUCGUUAUAUAUAUUGGGCUCAUGACUGCCGCUAUUCUCUGGAAUAUUUUUCGUCCUGAAUAUGUAUGAUUUGAUCAAUUCGAUCACUGCCAUUGAUAAAUGAACGUUGAUUAGGCCAUGGAGGAUAUCAAUUGUGGUACUGAUUGUAAGAAUCCAAAAAAUCAUGAAAGGUAAAAUUCCUUAUGUAUGUGUAUUUUUCUUUUUCAAGAAAACAAUCUGUGCAAACAUUCGUAGGAUAUCUUUUUAGUUUCCAUUUUGAGUUGCACUCAGCAUAAUGUAUAUAUAGUACUUUGUGAACUGUAUAUUUUGACUCUGAAUUUCCAGUAAGUGACUGAGCUGUGAAAUGUAAGAGUCAAUUUAAUUAUACAGCUAACAUUGCUAUUAGAUUACGCUUAUUUUUGAGCCGUUGUCUGCAUCAAAUUAACUGAAAAUGUUUCAUGAUAAAGAAUAAUAUAUAUAAAGAUAGUGAUUUCUACCUCAUUUUCGAAACACGUGUCUCAAUCUCAUCCUAUGAGUGGUUAUUUUUGCUGUCUGGUUUAUAAUUUUGUUUCAUCUGCUAGGUAACAAUGCAGUAUAAUUUAUAGUUUUUUCUCUUAAGCUAGAUUAAUUAUUUAAAUUAUGAACAAUAUGUACAAAUAAGAUGCAUGCAGUUCUCUAAAAAAACUAGUAGAAAAAAAGCGUACCUUUGUAAGAAAUAAAUAAAUUGCGUAAAUAGUUGUAUAAAAAUCACGAGUGCGGCGUGUUUUAAAAUGUGCCUUGUAUAAAACGAUGAGAUUUGCAUUCAAAUAAAUUAUAAUAUCGUACUAUAAAACGCACAACUUAUACGUAAUUAAAUAUACUUCAUAUAAUCAUGACACUACAAAGAAUACAAUAAUUGUAUGUAUAUUUUGUAUAUUUAUUUAUAUAUAAAUAUAUAAUAAAACACACCUAUUCAGAUCUUUGAGGUAUGUUUUAUUUCCCAAUGUAAUACUUUUUUAUUUAUAAUGAUCACGUUCAUUAUAUGUAUAUACAUUUUUUAUUAUACCCUGGGCGUAAAAACAGUUGGCUCACUGAAAGAUCAUAGUUGUAUUCUUUUUAAAAAGGAAAAAUCUCGUUCCAACUUUUAUUAGCAAUUCCAGUGCCCUAAUUUCUUUGUUUGACACGUAUAAAUCCAUUGUAUUUAAAAUACAUAUUUGAAAAUAAAUUGCUAUUGAUUGUAAGCUUACUUAAUGUAAAAGUAUACAUGAUAUAGUUACAAGAUAUGUAGAUUGUAUAAGCCUUAAGAUAAAUUUUUCAUCACAGUAUUAAUUAAAUUAUUAGAUGCCUCAAACUGUGAAUAUUGUACAUCUAUUUUGGAAUUCUUAUAAGACAUUGUCUAGAAGAAACUAGAGAAUUAGUAAACGAUGCUCAAUUGUCAGGAACAAAGCACGUUCAUCACAACCAGUAAGUAAAUCAUCUCAUUGUCAGUUGACAUAAAAAUUAUAAAACGCUGCAUAUCUUACAGCAAGUUAGAUAUUAAAUUCGUAAUCAUGUGAUUGCUUUACUGUGUCUACACCCUGAAACUUGCAUAAAGAAACUUCUAUCUGUUGAAGAUUGUAGAUAUGAAAAGAAUUGUAGAAAAUCAGCUCUGUAUAUCAAGCCUAAACUGAAUGGUCUUCUCAUGUAUGUCAUAUAAAAGUUAUAAGAAUUCAAUUAAUUGAUUUUGGUGUGGGGCAUGCCAUGCUAACUUGUCAUACAGUUGACCCUGACCAUUCUUUUUGUCGUUAUUUUCAUCUUUCAGUAUCUAUUCAAACCAGUGCCCAUAAUUUUUUCAGGUUUUUAUAUCAACCCAAUAUCUGGCCAUAAAUUAAAAAAAAAAAGGUUCAACUUCAAAAACUUAAAAUGCCUAUAACUCAGCGACAAAAGUCAGUAUAUCAUUUUCUUCAUCUGAAAUCAUGCUUCGAUCACGAAAUUAUUCGAAGAGUCAUUUAAAUAGUUUCCAUGGUAAUAUAUUACUUCGGCGUUUCAAAAAUUCGAGAUUCAGCUCUAGAAAAUCAUACAUUUUUUCCAAAAUAAUCAAAGAUAUUGCACUGUGAAAAAUGACUUGUUUCACACGCAAAAGUAACAUAUAACCACAAUAUCUAUUUAAAUGACUUAUAAAAUACUUUUUUGUACAAAUAAGAUUCAAAACGAAGAAAAUGGUAUACAUUUUUUGUCAAUACACAUCUCUUCUUAUCACUGAUUUAUAAGCAUUCGAAAUUCAAGGUCAAAAUUUUUUUAAAUUUGAUGGCAGGAGAUUAGAUUGGAAUGAAAGUGUGAAAAUAUUAUGGGUGCUGAUUUGAAUGGGUACUGAAAGAUGGAAAAAAAAUUAAUGGAAUCGAAAAUGGUCAGGGUCAAUCGCAGGUUGAGUUGGCAGAGAAUUUCUUAUACCUAUACAAAUUGAACACUGCUUAAUAAUUAUAAAUAAAAUUGAUAUGGAUGUGUUCUACAAGAUAUCUUAAAACAUGUUACUCAGAAUGUAAAAUAGGUAGAAUACUUGUACGUAGAUUGAUACCAGUUGAAUUGCAGAGGUUAAUGAGAAUAUCUAAUAAGCAUCGAACGAUAAGCAAUUGUGUAAAUGUGCACAUAUUCGGAGAAUACGUAUUUGCUGUUAUCCUGCUCGGCGCUUUAUUUGCAAGCAUAUAAAAUAUACCAUUUUCGAUUUGAUACUAGAGUAAAGUGUAGAAUUCUGAUAUGGAAUAAUCGCAGCAUCAAUUCAUGCGAUAUCAAACGACUUUCAGUACUGCAAUUAAUUUCCGUUACAUAUUACGGUGCUCCUAUGCUCUUGAAAUAUUCGAAUUUACUUUCCAUUCACAUUAAAACUCAUCGAAAGACUCCAUCUGGUGGCAGCACAUAUUCCAAACUAACCAGGGAUGCUUAUUUAGCAUUAUAAAAGUAGUUUUUCCAUGUACAUUCCACUGUCUAUCGAUUCGUUUUAACAAAAGAAUAGUUCAAGCCUUAGCACGAAAUUUUUCGUUUCUUAAUAUCCUAAGAUUUGACUGAAUUAGUUUCUGAUCGAAACGUCACCUGACAAACAGUUGCGACGCCAUGUUUCUUUAGUGAUAAUAUGGCGUCACAACUGGUUAUCAGCUGAUCUUUUUGGUUAAAUUAUAGGAAUGUGCAAGUACAGAAAACUUCAUGAAAGCAGCUGCAAAUCUGCUGCUAUGCUUCGUGACAUCAAGUUAAUGAAAAGUAAGAUAUGCAUAGAAAACGACUUUUAUAAUGGAAUCAGAGUACAGUUUGUCUAUUCUUUUCUAUGGCACCCUACAUCUCAUAAAGUGUCAUUACAUCAAAAAUACAUUCUCAUCUAAAAACAUUGAAUUCCCACACAGCACAUUCAUAUGAUAAA